AUGGACAGCAGUAAUAUCCCUGGAAGGAAGCUAACUGGAUCCCAAUCAAAUGGGUUGAUAAGGACGGUGGGUGAGGAAGAGAUCAAAGAAGCCCUACAUGACAUUGGAUGUGACAAGGCACCGGGUCCGGAUGGCUAUGGGGCGAAAUUUUUCACUUUAUCGUGGGACAUUGUAGGUUUGGAUUUUAUGGCAGCAGUUCAAGAGUUCUUUCAAGAAGGGAAAUUGCUUAAACAAUGGAAUAAUACACUGACCACCUUGGUGCCAAAGGCGGAUCAUGCCCCGAGGGUGUCAGAUUAUCGGCCUAUCUCAUGCUGCAAUGUUUUCUACAAGGUUGAUUUGAGGAAGGCAUUUGACACGGUGGAUUGGGAAUUUCUUAUGACGGCACUCGUUGAUUUUGGUAUUCCCCAACAGUAUUAUGAAUGGAUUAGAGAAUGUGUAACUACGACCUCUUAUUCAAUCUCCCUCAAUGGUGACAUCUAUGGAUACUUCAGCGGACGUAGCGGUUUGAGAAGUGCUCUCAAGAAGACUACAGGUCGCUUGUUCGUCACCCUCAUUUCGACAUCAUCCUAUGUGCAAAGUGGGCUCAAGGCCAAUCCGUUGAAAUCUCAUAUAUAUAUGGCUGGGGUUGAUGUGGGGGUGAAGGGUCGGCUCCUACAGAUAACUGGAUUUCAAGAAGGUACUUUUCCAUUCCGGUAUUUGGGUAUUCCACUAGCAGCGGAGAAGUUGCAGAUUGCCAACUAUGACCCCCUACUUGAGGCUAUUACAAAUAAGAUAAAUUCUUAG